ACACAGUUAACUAUACCUGUGAUCACAGUUGCACUCACAAUCAGUAUUAAACCAGCCAGGAUAGAAAAAUUCCAAUUCUCUUUUCGAAUGUCAUUUCUUUGAGGUGUCCAUUUGAGAGGCUCAUAUUCUUCUUGUGUAUGGAAACUAGUCAACUUUAAUACAUUAUUAUGCAAGAUAACGACUGGAUGGAAGAAAACAAUAACAUAUAUCCCAAAGAACAAAGAAAUAAUAUUGUGGUAAAGACAGCUCUUAUUGGAGACCCGUUUGUUGGAAAGACUUCACUUAUGGUCAAAUAUGUCGAAGGAAAGUUUGACGAAGAUUAUAUACAAACAUUGGGAGUCAACUUUAUGGAGAAAAACAUUUAUGUGAAAAACUUGGAAAUAACUUUUAGUAUUUGGGAUUUGGGAGGACAAAAAGACUUUGUGACUAUGUUACCUUUGGCCUUGAGUGACACGGUGGCAAUCGUUUUCAUGUUUGACUUGACUAGAAAAAUAACGCUUCAAAAUGUAAAAGAAUGGUAUAGACAAUCAAGAAUAUACAACAAGUCUGCAUUGCCUUUUUUGGUAGGUACCAAAUUCGAUGGAUUUAUAACGCUUCCAAAAGAAGAGCAAAUAACUAUAAUUGAACAAUCUCGAAAGUUUGCUCGAGCAAUGAAGGCUCCAUUGAUUUUCUCGUCUGCUUCUCAUUCUAUCAAUGUACAAAAAGAAUCACAAUAUUGGUGAACCAUUAUUGGAAUUAUAUCA